GAAGAAGACUCAGUUCAAAAUUGACUUCCGGUGUUGUUGUUGGUUUUUUUUUUCCCGGCUUCGGUCGGUAUCCAGACAUGGACAAGUCUCGAACUAGCGUAACGAGCACCCCCAUCAGCAGUGUUUCCACCAGGAGAAUCAGACGGCGGAGCUUCCGGCAGUCGACCCGCUCCCACUUCGGCGUUGCGUCACGGCUCGGCCUGACCCCGGGGCAAACCACGCACAGGUUCAACACCAGCAGAAAAGCCCCAAAGCCCCAAAAUAUCACCGAGAAGGUGAGUCCCGAGCACCUGGCGCUGCUGGUGAAAACGGAGUGGCACCUUUGCUACGUGACCCCCCUGUACCGGUUCAGACACACGCAGCUGAAGAGCUACGCACGGCAGCUCUCCGCGUUCAUCGCCGCGGAGAAGCAGCAGGGCCUGGGGGUGGAGGUAGGGGGGCUGCAGGACACCUUCAAAGUCUCCAUGUCUGUGCUGCAGGGCCUGGCAGAGACGAACGACGACCCCGAGACUGUCCUCAUCCAGGUGCAAUCAAGGCCAGCGUUUGCCAGGCAGGACGAGCCUCUGAAGACCGUUUGGAGCGGCUGGCUGUCCUGCAUCAACGGUAACCCGGAGUACCUGCACUCGCUUCCGAAGGACUUCACCUGCCUGCCUCUCUUUGGCAGCAGGGGGCUGGAGGGGCUCUCGUCGCUGGUUAAAUCGUGGCUGCGCAGCACCUUUGACUGUUUCUUUGGCCCCCUGGACAUCAAUCAAACCACUCUGCGGUGGCUCGCUGCGCUAUGGACCAACUGCCACAUGGAGUCAAACAUCCAGCACUUAAAGAUGCAGUGGACUCUCCCGGCGGCGCCGCCGCUGCACGUGGCUUACACGGUCAACUCUGGCGACGCCCUGGCGCUGUGGCGGAGCGUGAGGAAGAGCAGGGGGGCGGACGAGGAGGCGUGCAUCGAGAUCGAGGAGGUGACGAGCUUCAUGGAGGGACUCACGAGCCACUUUUACAGACACUUCGGUGUGGACCUUUCAGCCGGGGACCUGAACCAGGUCUCCACCGCGCUGGGGUCAGCCAAAGUCAAAGGCAGGAUGAAGAUUUCCAGCAGCAGAUAUUUAAUCAGCACCCUGAGUCUGCUCACAGAAUGCGCCUUUCUCAAGAUCCCCAUCUGACCGCGACACACGGAGACUUUUACUGACCCU